AGGGCAAAGCUAUGGGGCGCCCCCUGGAAGACGGAGGGAAAUUUCGAGAAAGAAGAGAAAGGGUUUUAGAUUCCCUUCGUUUCUGGCGAUAAAGCAAAAGAAGACGCAAUGGAAAGUGGGGGAAUUAGCACUGAGAAAAAUGCAAUUCGAAUUGAUAAUCCAUUUACUCUUAAAGUUGGUCAAGUUUUCACCGGUUUUGGUAUCGGAUGUGGAGUAGGUAUCGGCGUUGGACGCCCUUUGAAUCUGGGUGCUAUACCUGUGUUGAAUCAAGUAAUGAGUGCUACCAGGGGUGCAACCGAUGCAUUUUCUGGUGUUAGCAGGCAUGUCAAUACUUCUUUGAGGAAGUUGGGAGCUAAGAAUAUUGAAGUAGGGAUUGGAUGUGGAGUUGGUUUUGGUCAUGGGUUUGGAGUUGGCCUUGCUGUGAAACCGGGGGUUCUGAAUCAAAUUCAAUCUUGUAUUGUAGGAGCGACAACAAAGAUGAUGACAAAGCUUGGACUUAGUCCCAGUUUACCCUUUAGUCAGGGUGCAUUUCCACCAUCCUUGCAAAGUGCAGUGAGCACAGCCAAUACAAACCAAAUUUCUGCUGGAAGUAUGAUGCAGGUGGCAACUAAAUCAGCUGAUCAAUUAUCUCCAGGUCUGGCAGGCUCUCAACCUAUGCAAAUUGGUUUAGAUUUUGCAAAUACUCCAUUAAGAGGCUCCGCAGUUGGCUCUACAUUUAACAGUCGAACUGAGAAGGUUAUUAGCAACUUUCUGCAAAAUCCUCUGUUGCAGGGGGAAGAAGGAGGACUCAAUGAAGCAGCUGGGCGCUUGCAGUCAGAAAACAAAAUACUUCAUAUGGUUUUGAAACACCAGCAAAUCAUUGAAGAACUUGUGGAGGAAAAUGAGAAACUUCGACAGAUACUAGUGGAGGAUCUGAAAAUACCAUCUAGCAAACUUCAAGCUAGUUCUUCAUGUAGAAUUAGAAAUAGGGUGCCAUGUACUGAUUGUUUUGAGUGCCGAAGAAAACAGAGAAAAAAAUAGUAAGUUACGAAUAAUAAUAAUAAUAAAUUCACAGGUGCUUCCC